ACCUGCAGACUUGUCUUCGACUUGACUACCUUGGAUGCUCACGUUGGCUUCUGGAGUAGGUGGACGAGUAUAAAAACGCCGGGCAACAGUCGAUCAAUAGCAUUCUUACCGAGCUCCUCUUCUCUACUCUUCAGCGAACUACGAUGAAGUCCACGAUUGCGUGCCUGUUGGUGUUGGCUGUCGCCGCCCAAGCUCAAUACUUUGGCAACUACGGAUACGGACUCGGUGGAUAUGGUGGAUAUGGUGGAUACUACGGAGGAUACUACCCCUACACCGGUGUUGUUCCCUCAACUGCCGUUCCCGCUGCCGUCCCCACUGCCGUUCGCGCUGCCGUCCCUGCUGCCUACCCCGUUGCUUAUGGCUACCCAUCUUUCACCGCCAGCCAGUACCACUCCCAGGAUGAGCUCGGACAGGCCAGCUACGGUUAUGCCCACCCUGGACAGUCCGCUUCCAACCUUCGUGAUGCUUUCGGCAACCAAGUCGGCAGCUACGCUUACCUCAACCCAGAGGGUAAAGAGGUCCGCGUUUCCUACACCGCUGACUCCCGAGGCUUCCGCGUCCUCUCCAACGACCUGCCCGUUGCCCCAGUCUCCAACUUGGUAGCACCCGUCCCAGUCCAGGACACACCCGAGGUAGCCGCUGCCAAGGCGGAAUUCGCCAUCAAAUACGCCGAGGCCAAAGCUGCCGCUACUCCGGCUGCUGCUCCAGUCCGCGCUAAACGCCAGAUCCUGAACUACGGUGCCACUCCAUUCGCUUACAACUACCCCGGCUACAACUACCCCGCCUACAACUACGGCUACGCCGCUGCUCCUUUCGCUUACAACUUCGCCGCUCCCGCUGCAGUGGCUGCUCCCGCAGUGCCCGUCCGUGAUGCCACUCUGACCAAGACCGUCCUCACUCCCGGACACGCCGUUGCUUACCGUGUCGACUAAAACAUCGAACUGUUUCCGCUUCCUUCAUUCCUGUCCUUUUUUUUCUUUCGUGGUUUUGAUUUGUUUCUAAAAUCUUUUUUAUUCAAUCGUUUUGUAAUAAAAAAAGAGGGAAAAAAAAACAAAAACCAA